AAAAAAAAAGUCUCCUCCCUCCCUCCUCUCUCUCUCUCUCUCUCUCUCUAGCUCUUGCUUCGAGCCUUCUCUCUCCUCCGUAACCGUCGACAGCUCGAAGAAUGAAAGUGGACAGGACGGCCGGGCGGGACGGCGCCGACGCCGACGCCGAAGCCAUGUGCAAGAAGAUCGAGGUGGCCCUCCUCGACCAACGCGACUCUGCCCCGCCGCCACCGCCGCGGCGCCGGCGCCGGCCGGGGCGCCGGGGGGAGGAGGUCCACUUCACGCCGCCGCUCAACUUCGCGAUGGUCGACAAUGGCAUCUUCCGCUCCGGCUUCCCCGACUGCGCCAACUUCGCCUUCCUCCAAACCCUAGGCCUCCGCUCCAUCAUUUGCCUGUGCCCGGAGCCGUAUCCGGAGGCGAACAUGGAGUUCCUCAAGUCCAGCGGGAUCAAGCUUUUCCAAUUCGGAAUCGAGGGAUAUAAGGAACCCUUUGUAUAUAUCCCGGAGGAGACAAUUCGUGAGGCAUUGAAGGUUCUACUUGAUGUAAGGAAUCAUCCUGUUCUAAUUCACUGUAAGAGAGGAAAGCACCGUACGGGCUGUCUGGUGGGCUGCUUGAGGAAAUUGCAGAGGUGGUGUCUUUCAUCCAUAUUCGACGAGUAUCAGCGCUUUGCAGCAGCGAAAGCAAGAGUUUCAGAUCAAAGGUUCAUGGAGUUAUUUGAUAUUUCUAGCUUGAAGAAUGCACCAUUGACAUUUUCAUUCUCAAAGAGGAUCUCCUCGCAGUCUUAAGCAGACAUUUUGCUUUCCAGUGGUGGAGGCAGUUCGAUCGUCUUGCUUUAAAAUUAGUAGGAAAGGGUUGAUGAGUUUCCUGACUGCUUUGCCGCGGCUAAGGAAUAGUGCUUAUUUGUUUUUCCUCUCGUGCAGCAAUUAAUAAGAAGGACACAGACUUCUAUGGGGGCUCUUCAGAUUCGUUCAACGGGUCCUCUAGUUCAUUUAAUUAGCAAGAAGAAUAAGGUGCCAAUUCGCAUAAAACGUGUGUAUGAAUCAACGGCCAAAAUAACUGUAUCUGCUAACUGUAAUCAGCUGUUUUUCGCCCAUUGUUAUAUUAGAGGCCUGGCAGCUGGGGAGGGCAGCACUUUUUAGUGUUAGGAUUUUGGUCAAAUGAAUUUUGCGGAUUGUAAAGUUAAUGGGAUCUUACAUGUCUAGCGCAAUCUGAGGGGAAUAUCCUUUUGCGAAUGUAAUUCUCUCAAGUGCUCUAGCACUAUGUUGAAAUGGCAAUUCGUUUCCAUACUGCA